GAGAACGGGCCCUUUCGGGCCAACGAAGACGGAAAGACCCUAUCAUUGCAUGACUUCGCGUGGAAUAAAGUGGCGAAUAUGGUAUACAUGGAGUCUCCCGUCUCUACCGGUUUUAGUUAUGAUGAAACCACUAAAGAACCCGACAAUACCGAUGAGUCGACCGCUAAUGACAACUACUUAGCCCUCGAGAGCUUCUUUCAAAAGUAUCCACAUUUGAAGAAAAAUCCAUUUUAUAUAACGGGCGAGAGUUAUGCCGGCGUUUAUAUCCCAAUGUUGGCCACUGAGAUAUUUAAAAGAAAAUCAACCAUCAAUUUGAAGGGAUUGGCUGUUGGAAACGGAUUGCUUAACGCAUUUGAUGAUUACAUGUCGUCAAUUGACUUCGCUUUAGGGCACGGAUUAGUGACCACUGAUUGGUACGCGAAGAAGAUUGAGGCCUGUUGUCAGUCAACGCCCGGCGUUCAACACGAAUGCAAUUUUUUGAAAGCACCGAAUAUGACAAAGUGCAUACAAGUGAUCAGACCUCCCAUUUCUACGCCAAACGCAUACAAUAUAUACGACAACUGUUCUCCAGACCUCUACUUAAAUGCCGUUUACAACAAACACUUUAAGCCUCGUUACGAGAGUUUGGGCAUUAAAAUCAUAUCAAACGCUCAAAACGCGGGGAAAGUGAAUAAAGUAAAGUGUCCUAAGAAUGGUCACACGCCUUACCUAAACCUGCCGGCCGUACGAAAGGCACUACACGUACGAGAAGAUGCCAAACGAUGGACCGGAUGUGGCGGUAACUAUGGUGGAGGCGUUACAUCGCAAGUGAACACAACCAUUGAAUUGAUCCAAAAGUAUAAAAUAGGCAAAUAUGUUGUCUACAACGGAGAUUUCGAUACGGCCUGUACUUUCCUGUUAGGCCAACGCUUUGUUGACGGAAUCGCUGUCAACACGAAUAGCAAAAAGGCUGAAGAUUAUCGUCAGUGGAAAGAGGACGGAACCCCUGACGGAGCAAUCGGUGGUUUUGUUCAACACUACGAAAAUGGUCUGACAUUUGUGUUGGUUCGCGGGGCCGGACAUAUGGUUCCUGAGGAUAAACCAGAGGCCGCUUUGCAAAUAUUUAAGUAUUUGAUCGGCAUUUCUAAGCUUUAA